UCUGGACUCAAGAGUCUCCCCAGACCUCAAGAGCACCCGUCAUGAGGCCCCCAACCCUCCUCCUGCUGCUCUCAGGGGCCCUGGCCCUGACAGAGACCUGGGCAGGCCCCCACUCCCUGAGGUAUUUCUCCACCGCGAGGUCCCGGCCCGGACUCGGGGAGCCCCGCUUCAUCUCGGUGGGCUACGUGGACGACACACAGUUCGUGCGGUUCGACAGCGACUCCCCAGGCCAGAGGAUGGAGCCGCGGGCGCCCUGGAUGGAGCAGGAGGGGCCGGGGUACUGGGAGGGGGAGACGCGAACCGCGAGGGCCACCGCACAGUCGUUCCAAGAGAGCCUGCGCGCCCUGCGCGGCUACUACAACCAGAGCGCGGCCGGCUCUCACACCCUCCAGGGGAUGUACGGCUGCGACGUGGGGCCCGACGGGCGCCUCCUCCGCGGGUACAGUCAGUAUGCUUAUGAUGGCGCCGAUUACCUGGCCCUCAACGAGGACCUGCGCUCCUGGACCGCGGCGGACAUAGCCGCGCAGAUCUCCCGGCGCAAGUUGGAGGCGGCCGGGGAGGCGGAGCGCGUCAGGAACUACCUGGAGGGCAGGUGCGUGCAGUGGCUGCGCAUUUACCUGGAGCACGGGAAGGAGACGCUGCAGCGCUCAGAUGCCCCAAAGACAUACGUGACCCACCACCCCAUCUCUGAGCAUGAGGUCACCCUGAGGUGCUGGGCCCUGGGCUUCUACCCUGCCGACAUCGCCCUGACCUGGCAGCGAGAUGGGGAGGACCUGACCCAGGACACGGAGCUGGUGGAAACCAGGCCUGGGGGGGACGGAACCUUCCAGAAGUGGGCGGCUGUGGUGGUGCCUUCUGGAGAGGAGCAGAGAUACACGUGCCAUGUGCAGCAUGAGGGACUGCUGGAACCCCGAGUCCUGACUUGGGGAGGACAAGGGGGAAGCUACUCUCAGGCUGCAGUGUGAGCCAGCUGCCUUGUGGGGGCUGAGUGAUGCAGGAUUUCUUCUCACCCCCACUUUGUAACUUCAAGAUCCUCUGGUUUCCUUUGCUGCAAACGGCAUUGGAAUCUGUUUCUGUUCUUAUGAGAUAAUGUGAGGAGGUGGGGAGACUGGCCCAGCCCUGCCCACCAGGACCUCCACACAGUGACCUGUGUCUCUCCCUGAUGACUUUCCUGCUCCAGCAGAGGCAGCUUAGUCUGUGUCUACCCCUGUCUUUGUGUUUUCCUCAAGAAUAGUAACUACUUCCCUCUUGAAAUAAUAAUUGAGUUCUGAAAUUACUGCUUGUAAGCUUGUCUGAUGGGUUUGGUGGGCUAAUAAAAAUAAUUCCUAAAAUUUGAGAUGAAAUGAAUGGGAAACC